AUGGAAGUUGGGAGAGAAGAUGAGAUUGUGGACAUGUCAAUGUCACCCCAAUUAGUUGGUUCCAUUAACAGUGACUUUUGUCACAAGAAGGAGUUUAUGUCUCAAGCAUACCUUCAAAAUAGGUACUCAGAGAUUGACAUAGAAAUUGAAGAUUCCAAUUUCAAACAAAGUUGUCCCCUCCCCAUAUUUCUCAAGUUUGAAGAUGUAGAGUACAAGGUGAGAAAUAGCCUAGCAGACUCUAAUAACCCUGUGAAGAUAAUGGUGUCAAAGGUAGCCACACAACUCAAUGUGGAAGAAGAUAGAUACAAGAAAAUUUUGAAAGGCAUCACAGGAAGCAUUGGGCCUGGUGAAAUUCUUGCUCUAAUGGGUCCUUCUGGCAGUGGCAAGACAACCUUAUUGAGAGUUAUAGGAGGAAGAUUGCGUAACAAUGUAAAGGGAAAAAUAACUUAUAAUGAUGUUUGUUAUACUCCAGCCAUCAAGAGGAGGAUUGGAUUUGUGGCACAAGAGGAUGUGCUUUUCCCACAAUUAACUGUAGAAGAAACAUUAGUCUUCUCAGCACUCUUGAGGCUUCCAACCAAUAUGAGCAAGCAACAAAAAUAUGCAAAAGUGGAGACUACUAUCAAGGAGUUAGGCCUUGAAAGAUGUCGCCACACAAAAAUAGCUGGAGGAUUUCUCAAAGGCAUAUCAGGAGGAGAAAGGAAAAGAACUAGCAUUGGCUAUGAAAUUCUUGUUGAUCCUUCGUUGUUGCUACUUGAUGAACCAACUUCUGGCCUUGAUUCCACCUCAGCAAACAAACUCCUUCUCACUCUUCAAGGACUUGCUAAGGCUGGAAGGACCAUAAUCACAACAAUACACCAACCAUCAAGCAGAAUCUUUCACACGUUUGAUAAACUUCUUCUAAUAUCAGAAGGGUAUCCUAUUUACUAUGGCAAGGCUAGAGAAACAAUGGCAUACUUUUCAUCCUUGAGGUUCAUCCCAGAAAUACCAAUGAAUCCUGCAGAAUUCUUGCUUGACUUAGCAACGGGACAAGUUAAUGACAUAAGUGUUCCAACAGACAUUGUACAAGACCAUGAAUCUGAUAACCUUUCAAAAGUUGUUAUCAAAUAUCUACAAUUCAAGUACAAAACUUUACUCGAGUCGAAGGAAAAGGAAGAGAACCAUAGAACAACAAACACACCAGAACAUCUUCAACUAGCCAUUCAAGUUAAGAAGGAGUGGACAUUGAGUUGGUUGGACCAGUUUGUGAUUGUUUCAAGGAGAACAUUCAAAGCUAGAUGCAAGGACUAUUUUGAUAAGUUAAGACUAGUUCAAGCACUUGGAGUUGCACUUUUAUUGGGGCUCCUUUGGUGGAAAUCUUCAAUCAAUACUGAGGCUCAACUUAGAGAUCAAGUUGGUUUAGCAUUCUACAUGUGUAUAUUUUGGACCUCUUCAUGUAUUUUUGGAGCAGUUUAUGUCUUUCCAUUUGAAAAGUACUACUUGAUAAAAGAAAGGAAAGCUGACAUGUAUAGAUUAAGUGUAUACUAUGCAUGCAGCACUUUGUGUGAUAUGGUGGCACAUGUUUUCUAUCCAACUAUUUUCAUGGUCAUCUUGUACUUCAUGGCUGGCUUUAAGAGGACUGUUGCUUGUUUCUUCUUGACACUAUUUACUAUUUUGUUAAUAGCUAUAACAAGUCAAGGAGCAGGAGAAUUGUUUGGAGCAGCAGUUAUGAGUAUUAAAAGUGCAGGGAUGACUGCUUCUUUGAUACUAAUGUUGUUUCUUCUUACAGGUGGCUACUAUGUCCAGCACAUACCAAAGUUCAUGGGGUGGUUGAAGUAUUUGUCAUUUAUGUACUAUGGUUUUAGGCUUCUUCUGAAGGUGCAAUAUUCAGGUGACCAACUAUAUGAUUGUGAAAGCAAAAGAGGGUGUAGAACACUACAAAGUUCACCUACAUUUGACAAUGUAAACUUGAAAGGUGGAUUAAAAGAAGUGUGGAUUCUACUAGCCAUGGCCCUAUGCUUCCGGUUAUUAGCUUACUUCUGCCUUCGUAGAAGAAUUGAUGUUCGCAACUAA